CACACAUGUGUAGAAGGCUGAGAAAAGUCACACACUCAUUGCAGACUUUCAGAUUGUAUUUUUUAUCGUCCCUUCCAUUGAGCCGUACAGAUUUCCCACACGUAGUCUCUGAGGAUAUAUGCCAGACAUUUCAUUGCUUUUGGUGCCAGGACUACACCGUAGAAAGUAACGUAAUAUCGACUUAAACGCUUCUGCAAGGUCACUGAAAUUCUAUCAUAACAGGAAAAAACACCAGGUUCAGAAACAAGACUCAAAGGAAAUUUCAUACGCUAUUGUAAUUUGUAAUAAUGUAUAGUUUUAAGUGUUUAUUCGUAGUUUUUGCAUUGAGUAUUAUAAACACGAAGGCAGCAAGAUCUCAAGCAAGUGAAGAUGAGGAAACUCAUGAAGGAUUUGAACAAAAAAUCCUGCUAGGAGAGGCAGAAACUAAAGAAUACUACAAGUUAUCCGAGAAAGAAAAAGCUCAACGUCUAAGAAUACUCGUUGAGAAAAUGGACAAAGACAUGAACGGGACCAUUGACGAGGAAGAACUAUUGUCUUGGAUUGAGAGGAACCAUGUUGCUUACAUCAUACGAAGAUCCAGAGAGUUCUUUGAAGAUACUGAUGAAAACAACGAUGGGUUUGUGAUGUUUGAUGAAUAUGAGAGAAUACAUUAUCAAAAUGACCGAGCACCAAAGAAUUACAAAAACACGACCCUCUACCGACAUGAAAAACGGCGAUUUCGCUUUGCAGACCAGGACAACAGUGGGAGCCUGACCCUCAAGGAGUUUAUUUACUUUCUGCACCCUGACGAAGGCAAACAUAUGCUAGAGUGUAUUGUGGAGGAAACUAUCGAUAACAUAGACAGAGAUAACGAUGGGCUGAUCUCAGUGAAGGACUAUAUAGGGGAAGGGAUUCUUGACAUGAAUGGAGAGCAAUUCGUUGAAGCUGUGAAAGCAUUCAAAGAACUGGAUAAGAACGGUGAUGGAGUACUUAAUAAGGAAGAAGUGACGAAAUGGAUUAGACCAGAUCGAAAAUCAACUGCUGCAAAGGAAGCCAAACACAUGCUUGAACAUGGUGAUAAGAAUAAGGACGCACAGUUAUCAUACGAGGAAGUCGUUUCCAUGGGUCAAAUGUUGGAGACAAGUAAAGCCACUCAGUACGGUCAAGUACUACAUCAUAUCAAACCAGAAAAACAGGAGUUAUAGGGUCCUUGAGCGACAAAAAUACAUGAAUAAGGAAAAUAAAGAUGUACGGUUUA